AUGGGCUUCGUCGUAGUUUUUCUGUUGGGAGCGACACCGUACCAGGAAGUACAGAGGAAGGCGUCGGCAGAACACGACAUUCACGGCGACGUUGUCCAAGUUGACAUCGUCGACAGCUACGAGAACGUUACUUACAAGAGUGUGAUGCUGCUCCGCUGGGCCCGAGAAAAGUGCUCAAAUACUGACUUUGUGCUUAAGAUAGACGACGACGUGCUGCUCAGUGUGUGGGACCUCGCUGUCGUAGCGAACAGUUUGGGAGGAAUCAAGCGCUCAAUGUGGGGUUAUCUGUAUUGCGGCUUCCGACCCCAUCGGAACGUAGCUUCCAAGUUGUACGUGUUUAGGGAUAAAUACGGGCCAGAUACGUAUCCGGACUUCCUCUCGGGCACGGGAUAUCUGAUUUCGAGUGACGCCAUCUCCGCACUAGAGGACGUUACUCACGACGAGUGCUUCUUUACUCUCGAAGACAUUUACAUGACCGGUAUCGUCGCGGAAAGAGCGCAAGCUGAUUUGCCACUCGUCCCCACGGCUACACCAGCGGCCGCUGCAAGCUCUUGCAGCAGCCAGGGUAACCCAGCAGCUAAGGAGGUCCCCUCGACCUCUGGACCAAUAUACGAAAGGCCGAUUGGACCCAUUGGAGUGAAUCAUGCUUCAUUUGUGCCGUUGUAA